AUUGUGUCGCCGACGUCCGUUCAGUAGCUACGUCCUCUUUCUACCACUGCAUCCCGUAUUUUUUUGAAUAAUUGAAUAUUAGUAUCGUUCGACUUGAUUUUGUCCCGUCGCCGUUCGCAACACAACACAGGUAAAUAUACAAACGGUCGGGGGCAGUAUAUUAUUAAUAUUUUUUAUUCCGUACUCGCGUUUUUACCACCCGUUCGAAAAUCGGUUUUCUCGCGGCCGGGCCGACGAGAAUCGAUUACGUAACCUCCACACACAGCCGCGUGUUUCCGACAUUUUUUGAAUGUCGGCCGGUCUUUAAUUGCAUUACGGGACGGUCUACCUAAUGAAUUGUAAGACUCCCGGUGUGUCGCGAUUCGGCCUUUUCCUCGAAAAUUAACCUCGCGCGAGUUUGGCCGAACGCUAUUGCUGGCGGCGGCGGCUCGGUUGGGCGCUUUCUCGUCUCGAUAAUACCAAUAAUUAUGACGUCGCGGCGUUACGUAACGUGUUCGGUUCGCACGCACAAUAAAUUCCAUUGUAUGUAUAUUUUUAAUAACGCGUUGGCAAUAAUUACGCGCUGGUUUUGCGGCGAUCUUUCGAUGUUAAUAAUUGUCCGCAGGAUACGUUUGUUUUUUUUUUUUUCUCCGUGCAAACGAAACUAACCUAUGCGCCCACCGCGGCCGGCACCCAUAAAAAAAAAAAAAAAAAAAGACGUCGUCGCGGUUAUUAUCUAGACUGCUCGCCGAUAAUCAUCGAUGUCCGUAGCCCCCGUGUAAUCGUAAAUAAUAUUUAGAUUAUUAUUAAUUUUUUUUUCAUACAAAAAUAUUUACCGAUAAUUUGAUCACGUUUUCCGAGUAAAAAUGCUUAAUGUUAAUCGCCUUUCGACGUCUUAACGAAUUUUCGAUUAAUAAUGAAUCUUAUUAUUAUUAUUUUUUUUUUAUAUUCAACAGAAUUCAUCGUUUCGUUUCACGGUUGUCGAAUUUGUCGUUGCUUAAUUCCUGUAAGAUUUUAAUUUAAACGACGUUUUUCGAACAUUAACCAUUUUCGACCAGUGGAUAACUCGAAUCCUUCAUCAAUUUAUGUUAUGACGUUUUUCCCGUUUAUUAUUUUUAAACUUUUAAUUAACCACUUCUCGUAACUAUUAUUGUUUUCUUCUAAACUAUAGAACACUGAUAAUUAUAAUCCAGACAACUUCUUUAAUGAUUAAUAACACUUAAAUAUUUUGUUUUAUAAAUGUACUGAUUUGAAAUAUAUCUACUCAUUAAUAUUUUAAGUAUCUAUGUUAUAUUUGCUUUAAAAUAAUUGAAAUUAUAAAAUAAACAAUGAUUUAAUUAGCAAAUAUAGAUAGGUACCCAGAGAUUUUAACAAGUGGGUUAACCUUGAAAAAUAAACAAUUACUAUAGUCUAUAAAACCUAUCUACUUAUUAAAAUUGUAUUCAUCACUUCGAUUAGGAUUACCUACAAACUAAAUUCGCUUGUAGAUUGUUAUUUAAAUUUUAUAAUUUUAGUAAUAAUUUUUAUUUUUUAAGUGCUGAAAAUUAAUUAUAAAAUGAACAGUUAUUCUAUUUCUAAUCAAUUUCCUAAUGUUUUACCAAUUCAUAAUAUACCAACAUAUAUAAUCAUAUGUUAUGUAAGGUUUAUACAUAGUAUUAUAAUGUUUAAUAUUAUCAAUCUCAAAACUGUAGAUGUUGGUAAAAUAAAAUAAUAUAUUGACGGCCAGUAAACAAUAACAGCAAAUUGCACCUGUGUACAUAAUAUCUGAUGAAGUAAAUAAAAAUAUUUUGGAACAUAUAAAAAUUCAUUUGUUUGUUCAAUUUGUUAAAUUAUAUAUACCUUGUCAUUAUUAAAGUUCAUAAAUAAUUAUGUUGUUUUAUAAUAAGUAUUUGAAUAAAAAGAAAUAGAUUCAACCAACCAAAUAUAAUGUCUAGGUACCUAUAUUAGAUUAUUAAAUUUUAAUUGUUUGAACAUAGACAAUUAUCAUUUGAAUAGUUGAAUGAUAAUAUUAAUAACUACUUAUGACAUGCAAAAUAAAUCGAUGGAAAUUUUACACUAUUUUUUUGUAGGUACAUUGUACACACACGCAUAAUCAAUUGUUAAUGUUAAUUAUUUAAAUUAUAUGGGUAUUUACUAUUUUCUUAUUGUAUGUCUAUUAUAGCUGUUAGAAAUAACUAAUAUAAAAUCUAUCUAAUGACACUUAUUCAAAAUAUUGAUUUAAAAUUUUAUAAAUAUUAUUUCAUUUUCAUUUUAUUCAGAAAUAUUUUAAUAUUGCAGCUAUAAUUAGGUACUCUAAGUCUGUAACUAGUGGCAUAAUUAAGAAAUAGUUUAAAAUAUUGGUAAAUUAGAUAAUAAAUAUUUUAAAGUUUUAGAAAAUCUUAAUUGUUAGAAAUAAUAUAAAAUGUUAGUUUAGUUAUCAAUUAACUAAAUUUAUAUCAGGUGUAGAAUUGUGAUUUAAUGCAAUAACCCUUAGCUAAUAAUAAUAAUAAUUUGUAAUAAUUGUUUUUUGGAUUUUACUUAUUAUUUAUUGCUAUAUUAAAAUGUUUUACUUAUUAAUAAUACUAGUUGGGGCAAUAAAAAGUAAAACAAAAUUAUUAAAUAGUUAGUAUUCGUGAAUAAAUAUACCUAUAAAUAAAUAAAUGGGUCGCCUGAAUUAUUACGAAAUGUAUAUUGUAUAACUGGUUUCGAAUUAAAAAUUCAUCGUCUGGUAAAAUCACAAAGUCAAAAAGUAAAACUCCUCUGAAUAUGAAAAAAUAAAUGAAAUAAUUAAGUUUAAUAGGAGAGAUUAUUUAAAAUGAGUUAUCUCAUUUUGUCUGACAAUGAAUUUUUAAUUCGUAACCAGUUGUACAAUACACAUUUUAUAAUACUACAGGCGACUCGUUUAUUUAUUUACAUAUUUAAAAAGUAAAUAAUAUUUUUAUUUUUUACAUUGCUUAUAAAAGUGUUUUAAUCAUGAUACAUACUGCAAAUUUUAGUUCAAUUAUUUUAAAAUUCUCAAUAUUUAUCUGAAUGUAAUUUGUAUUUUUCAGAAAAAUGGUUUUAUUGCUCGAAAAACCAGCUCCAAAAUUCAAGGGGACCGCUGUUAUAAAUGGAGAAUUCAAGGAAAUCUCACUGGACUCUUACAAAGGAAAAUAUGUGGUUUUGUUUUUCUACCCAUUGGAUUUGUAAUACAUAUAUAUAUUUUUUUAUUUACACUUCUAAAAUGUUAAUUUUUCUCUAGCACUUUUGUAUGCCCAACUGAAAUAAUUGCAUUCUCUGACCGUGCUAAUGAAUUCAAAGCCAUCAAUUGUCAGUUGAUUGCGGCUUCCUGCGACAGCCAUUUUAGCCAUUUGGCUUGGGUUAACACUCCUCGUAAUGAAGGUGGUUUGGGAAAAAUGCAAAUACCUUUAUUGGCCGACAAGUCUGCUGCUAUUGCCAAGGAAUACAAUGUUUAUAAUGAAUCUACUGGAAUCCCAUACCGUGGUUUGUUUAUCAUUGAUGGCAAGGGAAAUUUAAGACAAAUUACCAUCAAUGAUCUGCCAGUUGGACGGUCUGUAGAUGAAACUUUGCGUCUUGUUCAAGCUUUCCAAUUCACUGACGAAAAUGGAGAAGGUAUGUAUUAUUUGAAAAUAAUAUGCUUUGUUGGGAUUUAACGGGUACAUAAUUUAUUAACAAACCUGGUACCAAGUAUUAAUCGAGGAAUAAUUUAUAUAUAUGUUGAGCACAGAAUAUGGUAUUCGUAUAUAGAUAGGACUAUGGCUGGGCCGCUCGUGCGCUUGUUUACUCCUCCACAUAACUUGAUUUCAGUGAAGGCAGCCGAUUGUCAUUUCUUCCGUUUUUGACUAUACACCGCUAGGAUAUUUUGUAGAAAUUCAAUUGUUAUUAUUAUCAGACAUCGCACGUUUUUUUACCUUUGCUGUUUUAUAACCUGUUGAUGAUUUUUCAAAUCGUAUAUACAAGCACUUUCUAUAAUAAUCCAGACUUUGUUUUUUUUAUAUACAUAUUUAUUUAUUUAAUAUUUUAUUGAACACUAUAGGUAUAGUACAGUAGGGUAUAAUACAGUAGGUAUAUAUUUAUUAAAUAAUAAAUUAUUAUAUUAAAACAUUUCCUUUUUUUCGUUAAAAUUACAAAUUUAUAAUACUAAUUAUUCGUCAUAUUUACAUAAUCUUUUUAAAAUAAUUAAAAAAACUGAGAAAAAAGUAAAAAUUACCAAACUGUACAAAAAAGUAAACGCUGUAAAAAUGACGUGUGCAUACACCACGGCAAUUGGCGAUAAACAGUGGACUAUCGAGAGUCAACAGUGCAUUAUUUGAAAGGCAGUCUACAACACCUGCACCACUUCUGAAAUUGCCGUUGCAGCGCUGUCGAUAGAUCUGGGAGAGGAUAAAUGGAUAGAUGUUGGGGAUGCGCUGUGGCGAUUCGGUUUGGUCUGAGAGUGACCCGUUCUCCCUAUAGACCAGAUAUAGUAAUUUUAUUUUAAAAAUUGUAUUAUUAUAAAUUCAAGAUUUUUGAUAAAUGGUAUACCUAUACUUGACCGUAGACUGUAAAACCGCAACUCACCUGCGCAUCCCCCUACCACACGGUUACUGAUAUCUGAAUACUACUGUGUCUCAAUGGUGAUGGUGUACAGCGCAAAGCGCUCGCGCUAGAAUAGUGGUGGGGAUGCACAAUAAUGAACAAGUGUCAUAGUAUAUGGAGUAUAUUAUAUAUUUACUCAUUUGCAGUGAUUAUAGUGGGGGGAAUGGAAAAGAAAUAGUUGUAAUGAGCCCAAUGUAGUAAUAGGAUUUUGAGGUAAAAAUGUCUUAAAUAAAUCAAACUCUUACUUAAGUUUAUAAAUAAUUAAUAUUUUCCAUACAAAAAAAAACUACAAGUCCAAUUUAAUUUCACAUACAAAAAUAUUUCAUAAUACAGAGUGACUCCAAGUUGCUCGCAUUUGAUCGCUGAUUAGAUAAUGUUUCGUAUAUAUGCUUGGAGGGACUCCUAUCUAUAUUUUAUUGCUAUCUGGCAAAACCAAAAUUACAUAUGUAUUAAUAUUAUUAUAAUAUUAUAGAGCAGCUAUCUACAUUUAGUGCCAUUUUUUCAUACUUCCUGGAAUCUAAGUAUUGCUCAUUGGUUUGCGUGUUUUAUUAUAAAUAUUAUAUAUUUAUUUUAUAUUAACUUAGGACUACCCUUGUUCCACAUGAUUUGAUAAAUUCAAAAAGGUACAUUUUACUAUUGCCUUCUGUUUCCCCUUAUUUUGAUUGUUGACUUUAUCAUUUCAUUAUAUAUUUUUGUACUGUACUACUUUAUAUGUAGUUGUCUAUCUCUUUUAUUUCGUUUAUGGUGCAUUUCCAUAUUAUUUAAUAUUUUCAUAUUAUUAGAUUAUAUGUUCACUUUAUGGCAGUUGUUUUAUGCCUAUCUGUGCCCUUGGUAUAUAAAAUGUGCUAUUGUAUUUUAUAGAAAUCUUAGCUCUCUGUUUUGGUUGUGGUCCCCCUUUUGAAUUAUAAUUACUAUGGGUUCACACGCGUAUACUUUUAGUAGCGUAUGGUAAUGAAACAUGGUAGGUACGUAACAUAGUCUUCCUUGUUUUUAAGUUAUCAGUUGUUUUUCAUGGUGUAUGGACAUCAAUCAUAUAUGUUGAGUUUUGUUCUCUUAUCAUUUUUUAUCAAAGUGAUUUAAAAUUGUGGGCUUUUUCAAUUUGUUAGUUUGUAUUCUUACAAAAUUUAUGAUAAUAAAGACAUCAAAUGUAAAAAUACAAAAUAUUUUUACACUUUACAUGUGCUGGUUUUAGAAAAACAAAUUUCAGGAACAUGAGUGCUGUGAAAAUAGCAAAGAUUGUAUUUUUGAGUUAAGUUAUAAAAAUAAAGUUAACUUUAGUAAAGGACUGUAGUAACUCGGAUAAACUAUUAAUUUCAUGAGUGGGCAAUUUGAUAAUUUUACUAUGCAACCACGAGAUAAAAUUGAAUUGAUUAAAGAUGUUAGUGGUGAGAAUAAGAAGUUAAAAGAACAAAAUCAAAAAUUUCAAAAUGAAAUGAGUGUAGUUCAUAAUAAAAUUAAUUUUUUAAAGCAAAAAUUAAUUGAAAAUCAUAUUAAAAUAGUUAAUAUUUCGGAACAAGAAUAUGAAGACUUUCAAAUUUGUAAAGAAACUUUCAAAGGCGUUAUUGGAACCUGUAUCUAUUGAAUAUGCUUAUCAGAUUCGGUCAGAAAUGCAAAAGAACCAUAGAAAAUGUGCAGCUUAUCUUAGUAAAUGAAAUGGCCAAAACAUUGGAGUUGGCAGGAAAGAAAUAACUUAAUGCAAAGAAUGUCAAUGCAAAAUAGAAUGAUGAAGAUAUUCUUAAUUAAUCAUUUAAUACAUAUUUUUAAGGAAAGAUGAAAUAAAUAAUAUCAUUGUUAUUGAGGAUGAAAAAUGUUCAAUUAAUAUUGCAUAAAAACUACAUAUAUAACUGUCAUUAUUAUUUGUAGUAUAAAUGUAUAAGUUUACUCAUUUUUAGCUUAUGAAUGCUUUAGAUAUAGCUGAUAUAGUCAUAUUACUAAUUAUUACCUAUCAAUAUCUGAAGCAGGGGUUGUUAGCACAGGGCUAACAUUCCUGCCUACUUAAAAGAGCCUUGUUAUAAAAUCAACUACACCCAAGCCUCGGACAAGAUUACAUGGUUUUUGGAAAGGGAAUGCUGAUUUUAAGAUUGCAACAUGGAAUGUGACAACUCUGUAUAAAAUGGGUGCAAGCCAAAAUUUAGCUGAUGUUUUGGACACUAACAACAAAAGAUAGCAGUCAUACAAGAAAUAAGAUGGUUGAGGGUAGGCCAAUUAACAAUUGAAAAAUACACAAUUUUUUUAUCUGGAAUGGAGAAUACUCAUCAAUUCAGUAGCGGUUUUACAGUUCAUAAGACUUUAGUAUCUUACAUUAAAGACUUUAAUCCAAUAUCUGAACAGAUAUCAAUAUUAACAAUUAACACUAGUCCAAUUAAUAUUUGUAUAAUAAAUGGACAUGCACUUACAGAAGUAAAGGAUAACAAUGUGAAAGAUGCCUUCUACUGCGAUGUGAUGUGACAUGAAAACGAUUAAUCAUAAGUGACUGGUGCUAUCAGUUGCUUGGUAAAAGUUACCUUGUCAACCUUUGUGGAAAAGAUCUAAGAAAAAUGUUCCUUCUUAGUUUAUUACCAGAUAUUAACACCAUGACUGAUCAACAGAAUGUUUAAAAGAAAAGUAUUGGAUUUAAUUGGUGAUAUUUUAACUGAAAAUCCAACACCUCAAAAUGAAACACAGACUUCAAACAUUCGUCCUCAGACUGUGUUAUCUAAUUUCUCCAGUUUGUCAAUAUCUACAUAUAAUCACUCAAACAACUGUUUCACGCCAAUCCACUCCCCUAAACAAGUUAACUCACAAAUGUGCAAUCAAAAUGAAAAUUGAAUAGCUGAACAUGACAUAAAAAAUACUAUUACGAGUACUAUCUAUUGUAUUCAAAUAUAUGUUUUAUAAAAAUAAUUUAUUGUGCUUAAUUUUGUUUUAUAUUUCUAUUUCUAUACUAUUAUUAUGUUUAUGUUUCAUCUUUUCUUUAUUCAUCUUUCAUGCACACAUACACAAAAUUAGUGUCUUGUUUUUCAAUAGCCAGUCUAUUUGCUCUACAAAAAAAAAAAAAAAAAAAAAAAGCUAUAAUGAUUGUUUAUAAAAAAGUAAUACUUUUUUUUGUUAGCAAAAUGAAAAUCCCAUGAGGGAAAAUAGAAUUUAAUAUUAAAAUGCUUUACACUAAUACAAGUUUUGUCAAAAAUUCAUAAAUUAUUUGGGUCCGGUAAAUUUUAAUUCUUUACCAAUUGAUGUUAAAAAAAAUAUAUUCUUGAUAUAAAUAUUAAUAGUAAGAAAUGUAUAAAUAAUGUAUUAUUUAAGGAAAUGUUUAUAAUUUGGUAAUAUUAAGCCUUUAUUUCUAUUUCUCUAUUUUUUAUUUUUUUUAUUAUUAUUUGUAACUUAAUUUAAUUUUUUAUCUCACAUGUACUAUAACUCCCAACACUACCUCAAGCUCUAAUUAAAGGCGAAGGUAAUUUUUGCUAUUUUUCUUAAUACUUUGUGUGUUAUAUUAAUAUGAUGAUAAAUUUCUUUUAAAUUUAAAAAAAAAGUUGUUUGGAGUUGGGGUACAGAGUAAUGGGUCAAGUAAACAUUUUAUAACACAGUACAAGUAAUAAAAAAUAUGAUAUGGGGUACUGGGUUAAGACUUGAUGGCCAGGUACCCAGAACACCCCUAAUACUUAGUGAUUUUAAGUAGGUCCUUGAAAUAAAAUUAUUUUAUUUUAUUUUUCUAGUUUGUCCUGCCAACUGGAAGCCUGGUAGCAAGACCAUCAACCCAGCAAAAUCUCAGGACUACUUCAAAACUGUAGAAUAAUUGUAUUAUACUUAGGUGUAAUACACUAUUCAUUUCUCCAAUGAUUUAUUUUUAUAAAUUCUUAUUAAAAUCAAUUCAUUUGUUUACAUUACAAAAUGUUUAAAAUUAAUGGGAAUAAGGUAUUUAAAUUUUUUCUUUGUAGUAUAUAAUAAUUCCAUAUUAAUUGCAUUAGUAAUUUAUAAUUUUUCUUUUUAUUCAAAUUAUUAUUUAUCGCCAUACAAGAAUAAAUUAUUUUUCAAUUAUAUUAGUAUUAAAAAAAUAAAGAUUUCCAUUACAUUUUUAUGAUGAGAGUUUUAUUUUUCAAAUGAUAGCAAUAUGUAUUGUUUACAUUGUUUAUUCCAUAACCACAUAUCUAGAUUUAAUAAAAAUAAUAUAAAAUAUAUUAU